GACUACUAGCGCCGUUAGAAUCAGAUAUAAUACGAUUGAAGAAUUGUAUUAUUAUGUUUUCAGGUGUAUACUUUCAUUUUUUGUACGUUUUAUGCGAAUGUUGAAUGACGGUACAUACGUAAUUACAAAUUUCUAUUUAAAUGUAAAGGGUGAUUAUUUGUAACAAGGAUUAAAUUUGUCAGCGAUAAUGGCAAGCAAAUGGAAAGUUUUGACUAGCUUCGUACGCAAUUACUCUACACCAAAACAGUGGGAAGUAGAUGCAGUCAAAUAUGGAAAAAUUAAAUAUUAUCCAAGAUCACCAAACCAUGAAGAUCCUCCGAUUAUACCAUCGAAGCUUUUAAUGAUCACAUUGGUAAAACCUUUUGCCGGUAAUCCAUAUUGGGAAAAAAAUACACUUAAACAAUUGGGUAUCCAAGAAAGAGGAAGAGAUCCGGUAAUAGUUAAAAAUAUUCCCGAGAUAUGCUCGAUGCUGUGGAGAGUUAAACACCUUGUGAAAAUAACUCCAAUUAAACUACCGGACCAGUUGCCCGAUUCGGAUGAUUUUGGUGGAAGCUAUCUGCACGAGAAUGGAACUUUUUAUGUCAUCCCUAAGAUAGAUCCAUUGCGCAUAGAGAGUACCGACAAAUUUAUAAAUAAUCCCAAAAAAUUAGAAAACAUAAGAUUAAAAGAACAGUUAAGAUUGCAGUGGUUAAACGGUACUUUACCAUAAUAUGUAAUAAGAUGUAUUAAAUGUUGAGCUUAAUCUUAACAGGUAAUAUAAAAGUAUAGUCAUUGAACAAAUAAUAUAUUAUUUAUUCGUGUACCAGAUUAA